UGCUCCGGUUUCUCGUGAGAGCCCGGGGCUUCAGCUUCUCGUUUGCGGAGCCCGCGGCGGCGUUUCCUGGGGCAACAGCAAUGGCCGCUUCGCUGUCCGAGCGGCUUUUCUCGCUGAAGCUGCUGGUGCACUGGGUGCGUUUGGAAACCCGGCUGCUGCCGCCCCCCGCUGCCGCAGUGGAGCAGGAGGAGGAAGAGGAGGAAAAGGAGCAGGGGGCGGCCUCGUCGCCGCGCGGUCUGUGCCCCGCCGUGGCCUUCCGCCUGCUGGACUUCCCCACGCUGUUGGUUUACCCUCCUGAUGGCCCCGGCGCUCCCGCCGCCGAACCGUGGCCCGGUGUCAUCCGCUUCGGUCGCGGCAAGUCCUGCCUCUUCCGCCUGCAGCCUGCUACCCUGCACCGCCAGCUCCUGCGGACCCCGCUUGCCACCUUGCUGCUGCAGCUGCCCCCUGGGCGUCCGACGCCCACCCCACAGCUCCUGGGGGCCUGCGACAUUUCGCUGGCCACCGCAGCGCACAGGGUCGUGGGGCCGGCCGCCUCCGGAUGCUCCCACCGUCACCGGGGACGUUUCCCCCUGCAUAAUCGAGUGGGCGAGCGGACUGGGGACAUUGCACUGGCCUACCGCCUGACUGACCUGGGAAGCCGCCUGCUGAGCCAACUUGAGCGGCCCCUCACCUUCACCCCCACAGGAGGAGGAGCGGAGGUCAGUCCCCAAAGACAGCAGCUGCAGCAGCCAGCCUCACAGCCAAGCCCAAAAGAGGCUGAUAGGCCGCUGGGGGAGUUAGAAAUCCCAGAGGCACAGAAGGAUUUGAAGGAAAUGGUUAAAAGUAAGGCCGAAUGUGAUAAUGUGGGUUCUGUGGAGAAUGGCAAAACCAAUUCUGUUGUUACAUGUUCAGGUGCUGGCAGUGGGAGAAAUGUUAGCUCCCUAAAUGACGAAGUCACAGAAUUGGACAUGGAGACCAAUAUAUUUUGCCCUCCUCCUUUGUAUUACACUAACUUGACCCAAGAAAAACCGCCCCCUGCACAGGCUAAAAUCACCAUUGAGCCUCAAAUGAAUGUACCUGAGGAAAUGGAUGAUGCUUCUCCUGAAAAAAAGCGUGUAAAUCCCCCAGCACACAGGAGUUGUCUAAAGCAUCCAAGUUCUGCAGCACACGAACAUCCUCCAAUGCUUGUAAAUCCUCCACAUAUUCAGAAUAUAGGAGCAACUAAUCAAACAUGUCAAACUGAACAAAAUCGAAUUAAUACAAUAAGGCAGUUGCCUUUGUUAAAUGCUUUGUUAGUUGAGUUGUCCUUGUUAUAUGACCAACCUGUGACAAGUCCUGCUCAUAUACAUCCUCACCUAGCCUGGUUAUAUAGGACUGAGGAUAAGAAGUCACCCGAAUCUUCUGCCAAAUCCACAUGCCGGUCUGAAUCCAAGAAGGAUAAGCGUUCUAUGGGGGGAUGUGAAAAGUCAGUGAGUCUUCAGUAUAAAAAGAACCAAAUUGAAAACUAUAAGGAAGAUAAAUAUUCUGAAAAGAGCAGUGGUGCCCUCCAUAAAAGAGUUCCAAAAGGGAGGCUACUUUAUGGCUUAACAAAUACACUAAGACUGCGUUUAAAGCUGACAAAUCCUGAUAUGUUGGUGGUACAUGAAAAAAGAGAACUAUAUAGAAAAAGACAAUCACAAAUGUUGGGUACAAAAUUCAGAAUUCCGUCAUCCAAAGUUAAACUAUUAAGCUCUGCAGAACAAAGUCAGAAGCCACAACUGCCUGAAGAUAAGUAUUUAGAUUCAGAUGCAUCUUUUACUGAAAAUAGUGAUACCUCAAGACAAAUCAGUGGAGUUUUUGAUGAGCCCAGCACAAGUAAAGAAACUGAACUGAAAUGUGCAACUGAAAAAAAGACAGUUGAAUGUAGUAAAAAUAGAAUCAAUAAUGUUUCAUUGGAAGAAGUUGUGAGUCCUGCAAAUUCCAUUAUUCCAGAAAGGCUUACCCCUACAAAUAUUCUGGGAGGAAAUGUGGAAAUGAAAAGCCAAAGUCCAUGUGUUUUCCAACAGGACGCUGUUGUUGACAGAAUUGUAGAUAAGGAAAUAGAUAUUAGACAGGUCAAAACCACAGAUAAUGACAUUCUUAUGGCUGAUAUAAGUGACAAGAGAACAGGUAAAAAUAGUUGCUAUGAAAACAUCUCAGAACUGAAGUAUUCAGAUGAUUUGUCUAGCCCUUGCUAUUCUGAAGAUUUCUGUACCAGUGAGGACACCAGCAGAAGUUUCAAAGCUCAUGAUAGCAGUUCAAGGACAGAAAAUCCAAAACAUAGUCAAUAUACAAGCAAGUCUAGUGACACAGGAGUGUCCAAAAAGAAAAACAGUAGUGACAGGAGUUCUAUCCUUAGCCCACCUUUUUCAGCCGGGUCACCUGUACACUCAUACAGAAAAUUUCAUAUUUCAAAGACUCAGGAUAAAAGUUUGGAGGAAGCAUCUAGUAUCUCUGCUAGUGAUCUAUCUUCAACACAUUGGACUGAACAAAAAGAAAACCAGAUAGAUCAAAAUAGUAUGCACAAUUCUGAAAUUACAAAGAGAGGUCAAGACAUCUCUGUUAAAACAAGAAGUAGUUGGAAAUCUUUAGAAAAAAGCCAGUCACCACAAACAUCCCAGAAUCACAAAAAGAAUCGGAGAUUUGUAGGCCGAUAGAUGUUGUCUUGGUUCAUUUAUGCUGCUAUAACUGCAUGCCACAGACUGGGAAUUUAGAUGAACUGAAGUUUAUUGGCUCACAGUUCUGGAGGCUAAGAAGUACAAGAUUGAGGGACUGGCACUUGGAGAGGGACUUCUGCUGCAUCAUAACAUGGCCAAAGGUGAGUGACCGAGAGAGAGUCAAAAAAGGGGGACAAACUCAUCUUUUUAUAAGGAGCCCAUUCCCAUGAUAAUAACAUGAAUCUAUUCAUGAGGACAGAGCCCUCAUGGCCUAACCACCUCUUAACCGUCCUUCUUCCUGAUACCAUUCCAAUGGCAAUUAAUUUCAGCCUGAGUUUGGAAGGUGACAAAUGUUCAACCCAUAACAUAUGUUAUUCUACUUCUAUUUACAUAACCAAGAGUGACCUUUAUAGUGUUAUGGGAAGAGUCCAAGAACUUUCCUUGCAGAGUUUUCUGUGUCCCCUUAUGGAAAAGCAGUUGGCAGUGCUAACUUAAAUAAAUAAAAUUAGGUUUACCUGUGCCAACUACCUGUACGGAUGUGUAUGUUGAGAAUGUCUUAUUCCAUUUUUUUCUCCCUAAUCACUAGCAAGGAGGCUAGCAUAGUGCCUUCAUAAAAUAUAUUGUCUCAGUCUGUUUGUGCUGGUAUAAUAAAAUACCACAGACUGGGAAAUUUAUUUAAAAAACAGAAAUUUAUUUCUUACAGUUCUGAAGGCUGGGAGUCUAAUAUCCUGGCACCAGCAGGUUCAGUGUCUGGUGAGGACCCAAUCUCCAAUUCCAAGAUGGUACCAUGUUUCUGUAUCCUCUGGAGAGGAUGAAUACUGUGUCCUUACAUGGAAGAAGGGACAGAAGAGCAAGAGAGAUGAACUCCCUUCAUCAGGCCCUUUCAUAAGGGCACCGAAUUCCAUUUAUGACAUGACUCAAUCACCUCCUAAAGGCCACAUCUCUUCAUAUGUUGCAUUGGAGAUUAAGUUUUAACAUGAAUUUUGGAGCAGAUGAAAGCAUUCAAACCAUAGCAUAUAUGCUUCAUGAAUUUAGGUGGAAUUGAAUAGAAACAAUAAUCAACACUAGCAUAAAUUCUUAUCUUACCAAUUAGGGUGUUUCAUACUUUGUCUACCUCACUGCUUAGCUAAGAGUUACUCCGCUAUCCAGAAAUUUGGAGGUUGGACGCUGGGAAUAAUCAUCCAUGAAACUAGCUUGCUUAGUCCCCUGCUAUCUCAAGGUGUAAACCAAGACAGAACUAUUUUGAUAAUCCCUCAAACCAAUCCACUUGGCUGAUAAUAUUUGGAUCCACCUGGCUUAAGAAUGGAGAUGACCACAGACCAGGGUGAUAUCACUGCCCAUUCUUGAUGCUGCCCCAUUGUCUGAAUUUACUCUUGGAUAAGUUAUGCAAACUGACUUCCCCCAGAAGGAUGCACUUUUGUAGCGGAUGUUUUUCUGGCUGACAAUGAUUCCAACAUAUGGCACCUCCUAGGAGACACCAGAAGAUUGAAACGCUCUGAUCUCCAUGCUUCAACUGUAUUCCUUCAAAUAGCUUGGUUAUAAAACCCACAACAAAUAAAACUUCCUUUAACACUAUCAGAGUGUUAGGAAGAGCUAGACUGUGGUGUAUAUUUAGACCACUUUGUACCUGAAUUUAAAUUUUAACAUUCUCUUUGUAGGCAACCAGUUUCACUAUGUGCACUACACAGAACGAUAAUGCAAAUGAAUGUGGUCCCAGUAGCUUGUUUUUAUUAUGUAGCAUUUCAAACAUUCAGAAGAAUAAAUAACACAACGAACUCCUAUGUACGCAUCACCCAGAUUUAACUCAGUGAUGACACUGUGCUGUGUUUUCAGUCUUUCUUUUUCUCCCUCCCUCCCUUAUUUUCUCAUGAAUAAACAGACACAACUGAAAGUCUUUUGUUUCCCCUCCCCAUUGCUUUGGCCUCCCUUCCAAGGAGUAACUCUUGCUCUAGGCUUGCUGUAUUUCCUUCCCAUUUCUACUGGGGGAUGCAUAGGUUGUUUCCAGAUUUCCCUUAAUGGAAACAGUGCUGCAAUUCAUAUUCUUGUCUCUCUGUUCACAUGCACUCUAAUUUCCUUAGGGUUUUAUAUGUAGAACUGGAAUACCAGGCCCUAAGUUAUGCAUAUCUUCAACAUUGCCAAAUCACUCUCCAUAGCAGUUGAACCAUUCACCAUGCCACUAGCAGCAUGUGAGAGUUCUUGUUUCUUCACCUCCUAGCCCAAAACUGGCAAAGGAUAAAUGUUUUCAUUUUUACUGCUAUAUAUUUAACUACCCUAGCUUUACAGUCAGUCUUGAUAUUCAGAGAGAAAAGGCUACCCUCUAUUUUUCUUCCUUUUUAUGCUAAGCCAGAAGUUCUCAAACUUUUGGUCUCAGGAACCCCUUACAUUUUUAGAAAUUACUGAAAAUUCCAAAGAGUUUUUUAAAUGUGGAUUAUAUCCAUCAAUAUUUGCUCUAUUAGAAAUUAAAAAUUAAGAUAUUUAAUGCUUAUGUAUGAAUUCAUUUAAAAGUAAUAUUAGCAAACCCAUUACAUGUUAAUAUAACAUUUUUAAAAUAAAGGUAAUAAAUUUUCCAAAGCAAACAUUUAGAAGAAUGGCAUUGUUUUACAGUUUUGCCAUUUUAAAAAAUGCCUGGCUUAAUAGAAGAUAGCUAGAUUAUCAUAUCUGUUUAAUUGAAGAUAGCUAGAGCCUCCUACCCGCUUCUUCAUUCACUCUAUCAUGAUAUCACAUAUCAUGUAACCUCUGGAAAACUCCACAGUACACUAUUGAGAGAGUGAGAGUGAAUAUGGCAAAUAACGUUUCAGCAUUAUUAUGAAAAUGGUUUUGACCUCAUGGACCCCGUCCUGACCCUUCCCAAAAGGUUCUUGGGAACCCCUAAGAAUUUCUAAUCACACUUUGAAAAGUGCGUUUCUAGACUCUUUUUGGCCCUUUUUCUUCCAUGUGAAUUAUAGGGUCACUUUAUGAAGAUCAAGGAAAUAGAUUUCUUAACAUAUUGGAGUAAUUUGUCCUUUAGGGGUUGGUAAAACUUGCCUAUAAACAUGUCUGGGCCUUGUGUUUCUUUGUGGUAGAACUUGGUGCUCACAUUGUUUGGGGACCUGAUUUUAUUAAUAUAUGAUUAAAAAUAUCAAUUGGACUGCUGUUGUUUCCUAAAGUUUUAAAAUUUAGUGUACUUUAUAUACUUUUAUAAAACAUGUAAAGUUGUUUAAAGUUUUUUUUGUUUUUGUUUUUUUUUUUGAGAAGGAAUUUCACUCUGUCACCCAUGCUGGAGUGCAGUGGUGUGAUCUUGGCUCACUGCAACCUCUGCCUCCCAGGUUCAAGUGAUUCUCCUGCCUCAGCCUCCCGAGUAGCUGGGAUUACAGGCAUGUGCCACCACGCCCGGCUAACUUUCUGUAUCUUUAGUAGAGAAAGGGUUUCACCAUGUUGGCCAGGCUGGUCUCGAACUGCAGACCUCGUGAUUGACCCACCUCGGCCUCCUAAAGUGCUGGGAUUACAGGCGUGAGCCACCAUAUCUGGCCUAAAGAUUUUUAAAAAUAUGAUUUUGAAAAGUAAAAAAGGAGUCAAAGAUUGUCUAUUACUUUCACUGACUCCAGUGAACACAUUCCUGUAUUUAUUUUACUGACCUCUCAGUUGCAUUCAACAUACUUACCUACUUACUAUAUCUUCUGCCACUUUCCAUUCUUGCAUUUCUUGACAUCCCACUCUUCUAAUUUUUCCACUACCUUUCUAGACUCUCACUCUACAUCCAAAUACUGGAUUCUAGCUCUUACUCCUGCUUUUUUAAAUCUCUCUCUAAACUGUCUCAGUUAUCUCAUCUCUCCUGUUGCUUUAAAAACAACCUAGAUGCUGAUAACUUCCCUAUUUUAAUUUUCAACGCAAAUCUCUCUUCCGAGUUGUAGACUCAUGUUUCUACCUGAAAUAUCAAUUUAUAUUUCACAGAUGUCUCAAACUUAAUGAGUACAAAAUGUGACUUUUGAUUCCCACUCCCCAAAAUAGUUCCUCUACUAGCUAUCGGUACUGAGCAUUCUCCACUUACACCCUCUAUUCUCUCUGUACCUUUCUCCACCCUGUUUUGACCCCAGGAUACUGCUAUCUGUAUAGGCUGCAUCAGUGGUCAACUUUGGAUUUCGGCUUCUAUUUCGGGUUUGUUGGUGGUGAGGUCGGGCAGGAGAUUGGAGGGCAGGAGGAGAGAAAAGUUGGGGUAUUGAGUUCCCUGGCUCCCUUCCUGCCAGCCUUGAGUUGGUAGUGGCUGCAUUUCUACAUGAAAGUCACAACUUUCAUGGAACUUUUUUUUGUUUUCUUUUUUUUAGCUCUGGCUACAACUACAACUCUCAGUUUCAGGAAGUGACUACUCCACUUGACCUUUCAGGCCUAGGAAGGAUAAUGGCUCCUUGCAUUGGUAGUUCUGGAGUCCUUCACCAUCCCUUGUUUGUUUCUCUUAACUCUGUCCACUGCUUUGUAAACAGCGCCUGCCAUUAAACUUUCAUCAGUGAUCUUGUCUGAGUGUACCAUCUGUUUCCUGCUAAGAUCCUGACUGAUGCAUCUUCCCAGUUUUGGAGAGCCACCACCUCUCUGAUGACUUAAGCCAGAAAACUGGCAUCAUUGUCCCUUCUAUUCACCUUCCACAUCCAAUCCAUCAACCCAUCCUGGUGGCACUGCUUCCUACCCACACCUUGAAAUAAGCCAUGGCUAAGUGUUACAGCAGCCUCUUUACUGUUCUUCCCAUUUUCAGCUUUGCCCCAUUCAAUCUAUUCACUGCAUGGCAGACAGAGUUAUCUUUAAAAAUAUCUAUCGGGCCGUAAUUCUUCACUGCUUAAAACACAUUAAUGGCGUUCUUUUAGUAUUUUAGUUCUUUUAGUAUUUUAGUUCUUUUAGUUCUUUCUUUUAGUUCUUUUGGAUUUUCAGUAAAAUCCAAAUUCUUGAUCAUAGGCUUACAAGCCCCCAUAUGGUCGGAUCUCUACUUGCCUCUCCAAAUGCACCUCAUACCUCACUCCAACUUGCCCUCUGAUGUUCCAGGCACACCGUCCCCGCUGUUGUUCCUUAAACAUGGAGAACUCAUUUACACCCAGGGCCUUUGCUUGAGCUGUUCCCCUUGCAGGGAACUCUCGAUCUCCUACACAGAGUACUUAUUACUCUGCUUUUCACAUCCCCUUCUCAUCUUUUAGGUUUCUAUUUAAAUGUCACCUCUUCAGAGAGGCAUUAUGAAAAUCCUAUCAAAUCAAGUUUCUCAAUCUCACCUUGCCCACACUGCAUUAUUUUCUAUCGUUGCAUUUGUUAAUUCUUUUAUAGUUUAUUACAACAUAUAAUAUCAAUAAUAUGUUAUAAUAUAUAACAUAUCAAUAGCGUUUUCUAUUUGUUUAUAUUUUUUAUUUUUUUAUUUUGUGUCUUCUUCCCUAGACUAUAAACUCUUUGAUGAUAGAGACUUAUGACUGUUUUGUCCACCACUGUAUAUGCAGCUUUUAGUACAGCUUCUAUUAGGCUAGCAUAUGCUGAUGUUUUGCAUUCAAUAAAUGUUCGUUUAAUGAAUAGAUACUUAGGCAAUUUAAGAAAAAAAAGUAGUGUUUUUUAAAAAGGGUUCACAAAAAAAUGGCAAUGGAAACUGAAGACAGAAUUUUCUUUACAACAACAACAACAAUAACAACAAAGACUUACUCUCCCUAUAUAUGUUUUUCCUCUUUUCCCUUGAGAAAAUGAUCAACAUUUAGAUGUUCUUAGCCUGUUAAGGAUCCAGAAAAACCACUUAGUGGCAGAGAAAAUUUCAAUUACACAAUGGAGAUUAAAAUUUCAGUACUUGGGAAUAAUUAUAAAGAUGUUUUCCAUUAUAUAUGUUCAAGAAAGAAAAAAGAAAGGCAUUCAAACUCAAUGGAAAAGCAUUUCAAAUGAUAAUCAACUUAUUAUCUUUAUUGCAAUCACAGGAAAAUUAUUUCAAAACCUCACAUCUUGGGUCUAAGGCCCAAAGACAAAUCACUUAACGGCAUGGUUAAAACUCAAGAAUUCAAAAAAGCCUAGAUUGAGCAGGAACAUUUUAAAGCAUCAUGCUAUUACCAAAACCAUUAAAUGAAGGGAUAACAUUUGGCUAAUCAUUGAAACACACAGUGAUGUUUUCUCCUCUGAGAUGCAUUUGUUGUUUGUACAACUAACUUACCACUUAGAAUUCUGAGUCCUUAAUUGCAAUUAUUUUUCAUGUAUCUGUAGUUUAUUCCUUGCUUCUAUGUGAUAAUUUAGAAUUCUGAGUCUUUAAUUGCAAUUAUUUUUCAUGUAUCUGUAGUUUAUUCCCUGCUUCUAUGUGAUAAUUUUGUGGCUAGGAAUGCAUUUUAAACGUCUUUUUAUUCUCUAAAUAAUCUUCUAGAGGACUGUAGUGAACAUCUAUUAAUUUUAUCACCUAGAAUCCCUUCACUGUUCUUUAGCUAUAACAGUUUACUGUAAUUUUCCUCUGGGAAAGCUCCUCAAUCACUUCUCUUGAGCAUUGUGAUUUGAAGAGCUUAAUCCCACCUCUAGUUUAAAACAGCAAGCAUAUUUACUCUUCCAGGAAGGGUAAUUGGAUGGCACAUGAUUUCACAUCAGGAAAUGUUUUAAAACUGUUCUGGGAGGAACACUGUCUUUUUCCCACUGGGUCUGAAUGAUGAAGUAUGUUGGAACCCAUCUUGGAAGCAAUCACAAGAGAGAUUCUUUCCGAGGAGGAGCCAACACCAAAAAAUAAAAACACUGAAGCAGUCCUGGUCA